AUGACUUCUCAGCCAGCGCCACAGCGAGGAGAGCCGUUGCUGACCCACGUUGAAAAAGGGAAAGAAAGCGGCCUGCACGCCAGGGGCCAGUGGGCAAGCAAGGCCGAGUUCCUUCUGGCCGUGGCGGGACAGAUCAUCGGUUUGGGCAACGUCUGGAGGUUCCCUUACUUAUGCUACAAGAAUGGAGGAGGCGUGUUCUUUGUACCGUACCUUUUGUUUCUGGUGCUGUGCGGUAUCCCGUUGUUCCUUCUGGAGACUUCGCUGGGCCAGUACACCAGCCUGGGUGGAGUCAGCGCAUGGAGAACCAUCUGCCCAAUAUUCGGAGGUCUUGGCUACGCAAGCCAAAUGAUGAUCCUGCACGGAUGUGUCUAUUACAUCAUCAUACUAGCCUGGGCUCUCCUGUACUUGUCCUACAGUUUUCAGGCUGAACUUCCUUGGUCACACUGUAACAACUCAUGGAACACAGAGGCUUGUUUUAUGUUUGACUAUCAAAACCAGACGGCUAACGUGAGCAGCCUGCCUGACAACGCCACUUCUCCCAUUAUGGAGUUUUGGGAGCGAGAAGUGCUCCACCUGUCUGAUAAUUUAGACAAGCUCGGGCCAAUAAGUUGGAAACUUGCACUGUGUCUUGGCGUCGUCUGGCUGGUUUGUUACUUCUGCGUGUGGAAGGGGAUUAAAUCCACGGGAAAGGUCGUGUAUCUGACUGCGACCUUUCCGUAUGUUAUGCUGUUUAUACUCCUGGUGCGCGGCGCCACCUUGCCGGGAGCAGCCCAGGGAAUCAUCUACUACCUCAAACCUAACCACACUCGAUUAGCAGACCCGCAGGUGUGGAUGGACGCAGGUACCCAGAUCUUUUUUUCCUACGGAAUCUGCUUGGGAAGUUUGACCGCCCUGGGCAGUUACAACAAAUACAACAACAACUGUUACAAGGACUCAUACCUUCUGUGCCUGUUGAACAGCAGCACCAGCUUCCUGGCAGGGUUCGCCAUCUUCUCAGUACUGGGAUUCAUGGCGGAGGAGCAAAGAGUGGACAUCGCCACUGUGGCUCAAUCAGGGCCCGGCCUUGCCUUUAUCGCCUUCCCCAGAGCGGUGGCCAUGAUGCCUCUACCCCAACUCUGGGCUAUCUGCUUCUUCCUCAUGAUCAUCAUGUUAGGACUGGACACACAGUUUGUGAGUCUGGAAGCACUGAUGACAUCCGUGACCGACUUGUACCCCAACUUGAUCCGACGAGGCUACCGCAGGGAGCUGCUGCUGCUCUUCAUCUGCGUCGUGUGCUUCUUGAUCGGCUUGAUUAUGGUGACGCCGGGUGGUCUUUAUGUGUUCCAGAUAUACGAUCAUUUCUCCUGCAGUGGAGCCAGUCUGCUGCUUCUCUCCAUCUUCCAGUCUGUUGCAAUAGGAUGGAUUUAUGGUGCUGAGCGCUUUUCUUCGAACAUCAAGGACAUGACUGGCCAUAAUCCACUGUUUCUCUUCAAACUGUGCUGGAAAUACCUGACGCCUGCUGUAUGCACUGCCACGUUCCUGUUCUCCCUGGUCUGCUGGUCUCCAUUGAGCUUGGGGAAAGGUCUCGUCGCCCCUGGUUGGGCCACCGCACUGGGCUGGCUCCUCACCUUCUCUUCCGUGUCUCUGCUCCCCAUCUGGGCCAUCUACGCGCUGGCCGUGACGCCCGGCACCCUCGCGCAGCGCUUUCAACGCCUGUGCAAGCCCAGCAUGUCGGUCACCUACAGCCUGGCGCUGCCCCUCGAUGAGAAGCCAAAGGACGACAUCGUUCGAGACUGA